AUGUUCCUUCGUAUCAGUUGGCUCCUUCCUCCUUUCUUCAAGGCAAGUGGCGCCACGGCCUACAAGCACAGUUCCGGCAACUCCUUCUCAAGAGCUUCGCCGUCAUACCCCUCUAAGCCGUCAGCCGAGAGACCAGGGCAUCGCGAUGACCUCCAGGCCACCGAUGCUCUGGUAGUCUAUCUGCCUCUCGAGACAAAAUCCAGCGACAUGACCCACACGCGUGUCGACAAGGCAAUGGACGCAAUGGCGGCCAACCGUCAGGCCAUUCUACUUGGAACAGAACAGGAUAGGAAGAGCCUUCAGCCAACCUAUUCAUCCCCGGGUGACAACAGUCAUUCUUCGAUUACCCAGCAUCAGUUCAAUCGCUACAUGCAGGACAUCAAACAGAAAUCCGUGGGAGAGUUACCGACUGUCGAGGAUGUAGAAGACUUCUUCUGGAUCAUCCAAAAAUACUCGGGAGACGGAAAACGCCCCGGUACUUGGCCUUUCCAGGGUUGGCAAAAGGAAUUCGUUUGGAGUCUGCAUGACGGUGAACGACUCGACAGCGUUUUCCAACCGCUUUUGGAAAGGAGAGCUCUCACUACAGACCCAAAGAUCCAGCGCCAAUGGAUCAAAGGCGCCUUGGUACACAAAAUGCUCACCGCGAUGGUGACUGAGGGCCUGCAACAGGGUACGAGCUCCUGGGACGUUCUCGAGUCCCGGGUUCUUUCAAUCGCAUGUAUACAUUCGCCAGUCGGGCCGGCGACAUCACUGUCUCCAGUGGCUACGACGAUUCUUUCUGUCUUGCAUGGAAAGCCCUCCGCGUCCGAUUGA